AUGGAUGCUAGUAGAGUCCCAGACCAUGUCAGAGUUGCAGGUGUUAAUAGUGCUGCGGCAACCUCUGCUUUGUCUUCCGGUCACUACAACUUCAGGGAGAAAGACCUCACAUUGCGGUGUUUGCCUACAAACGGCCUGCGCAUUGUUAAAAUGCAAGGUCUGUCAGGCUUGUCUCACCGAAAUAUCGAACAACAUGUGACACACGCUACCGUGGACGAUAUCCUUCGCAAAGAGAUUGCGGUGCCAGAUGAAACCCAGAGGUAUUCCAUAGAUGCUACCUUGGUGGUAUGGGGAAACAAGGCGUGGGUUUCCAAUGCCGGUUUGCGUAUCCCUGAGCAAAUGAAUAUUCUUCUCGCAGUUCUUCAAGCGCUUGGUAUCCUCGAUAUCCAACUGCCAGUGCAAAUGCAGACAAUGGUAACCCAGUGGAACGUGCCCAAACAGGAUGCCCAGGAUGACAGGCAAGUGAUGGCAACCAUUCAGCGUGCUAUUGGAGAGAUUCUAGACAGCAACAUCACACCGCAAACAGUCAAGAUUCGUCCAAGACCUUUGCCCAACCUAGUCCCUGGCCCAGAUUUCAAUGCUUCCGCACCACCGGCAUUUCAUGAAAGCGAUGUCGCAUAUUUGUACUGGACCAUUUCUGUAGUUGUCUGGGCAUACCUUCGCUCUAGUUUUGUUAUGAGCCACUUCCCAUCCUCAGUCAUCUCCCUCGCCCAUAACUAUGUCGCCCAGUUGUCUGCUGGUCCCCUCCUCACACUCUGCCUCACCGAUCGUGGUGGGAACUGCACGACUAAAGAUGUCAAUGCUUCAAAGGCAGAGGACAUCACAAUUUUUAUCCAGGUGGUCGCUCAUUUCACCCUUGCUCCAGACGAUGAACUUGGGGAUGAUCAAUUCUUCCCAACAUUCUCCAGGUCGUUUGAGAUGACUUUCCCUACCAUCAUCCUCCUUGCCAAGCCCGCCAUUCUGUCCGCUGGCCAAUAUCCCCAACAUGUUGUGGUGAAGGACUCCUGGCCCACACCCGCCGAAACGCACGAGGCCUACCUCAUCAGGCAUAUACCACGGAUGCUUGACUUCCCUGACAUCCUUCACAAGUAUUUCUGCCAAUCUGUCAAUCCCAACAAUGGAGAGCUGGUGCAUGAGGCUACCAACGUGCGACAGUCAUGCGCAGUGAUAGAUCCAAAUGACGGUGAUGUCAUGAUGCUGCAAGAAAUGUUUGAGCGUAGGCUGCGUUAUCGUCUGGUUUUCAAAGACGUUGUAGUAGACUCUACCUGGUUUUCUUCCAGAAGGGAGUACCUCACGUGCAUUAUGCAUAACUUGGAAGCACACCUAAUUCGCUGGAGAGAGUUGCCCAGGUUCUCCACAAGGACAUUACGCCUUCAAACCUCUGGAUUGUCAUCGACAACUGCCUCUGCAGAGGCUGCCGUCCCUGGGUGGGUUGGCGAUGAUCCCCCUCUCCCAAGGCAAGCACAGUUAGGCGAUUUCGGGCUUGGAUUCAAGCCCUCAGACAAGACUGGCGAUGGUGGUGGCACAGGUGGGUUGAUGCGUGCUGGCAACGCCACCAUCAAGAAGGAGCAUGCUGCCAAGCUCAAGGAUAAGCCAUCACAAGCGAUGGAUCGCUCAGGAUCGCCCUUGUACAUGAGCAACGAGACACUCACGGACCCAUUCGGCCAGUUCAUCGUGCACACCUCAAAGCACAACUUGGAGGGGUUCUGGUGGUCAAUGUUGUGGGUGACCAUCAACUGUGAAGGUCCCUACGACAUUCUUACGGACCGCCUCGCCUCGCUGGGCAACUGGAGGUUUUACCGAUGCCUCAUUCACCCCUUCUGGCGUGACCCUGCAAUUCUUCGUGGGCUGGAAGAGAUGUUUCGCAUAUUCAUGCCCGCCAAUCUCAUCCGUGAGAGUGAUGAGACCCUUGACACAGAACGUGAUUUUGUUCCCUAUGUUCCAUUGGAUGACUCAGCUGUGGGCGCGACUCAUGAAAUGAUGAUCGAUAUCAUCAAGCGUAUGCUCAAGGACAUGAAAGAUGAAGCUCCACCAUCUCCCAAGGUUAUUGAAGAUGCACAGGAAAUUUGUACUCGCCAAGAGUGUAGUGCCUCUCAUGAAUCCCGCCAAUCUCAAAAUAACAGGCACCCUGGCCUCAUGAUUCCCCCAGGCAUUCCAGGUCACUGGAAAAGGCCAUACCUUGGGACCUACACACCAAAGCCAGGCAGGUCGUCUGCAGUGUCCGCGCCAUCUCCUGCUGUUGACUCAGUGGAUAGAGCGAGGCUCAGGACAGAUACAACAAUGUCUUUACCGUCUUCAUCUACAUCUACAUCUACAUCAUCUAGGGUUCCUACGCAGCCUUCAGAUACCCAACGCCUUCAAUACCCCAUCAGUCAGACUAUCCUUGGGCCUGAUUUUUUCCACGGCCUACCCUCUUUUAAUCUCCAUGGCUCCGCUUCCACCGGUCUUGUCCAUACCACUCUUCCCGCCAUACAUGAGGAUGAAGAUGGUGAUGAAAACAAUAGGUCCAGGAAGAAACCGCGCUGGCAAGGUCUUUGA